UUGCGCAUGAUCAGUCCUGCCGUGUGGGAAGAGCAGGUCGCUGUCAGUCAGCCACCAUGUUAUCCCAUUCCCGGUGUCUCACCAGGGGAUUUGGUCGUUCCUUCUCUACUAUCCGCCAGGGGAAUAAUGUGUUAGCACGACGAGCAACAUCAGCACUGUCAGCUAGCCAUGCUGUCACUCUCAACAAUAAAGUUAAAUGUAGUCCCCGGUCCAGCGUCUUCCAAAUCCAGUACUUCAGGACAUCUGUAGCCUACAGGGACGAAGUGGUCACAGUUAAGACUCCUGCAUUUGCAGAAUCUGUCACAGAGGGCGAUGUGAGGUGGGAGAGAGCUGUUGGGGACACUGUCAGUGAAGAUGAGGUGGUCUGUGAAAUCGAGACUGAUAAGACAUCAGUGCAGGUUCCCUCGCCCGCUGCCGGGGUUAUUGAGGAACUUUUGGUCCCUGAUGGAGGGAGAGUAGAGGGAGGAACUCCUCUUUUCAAGCUUCGGAAAGGAGCCGGUGCUCCCAAGGCUGCAGAGGCUCCCAAAACUGAGGCACCAACCAUUCCUCCACCGUCUGCUGCAACCCCCCCUCCCCCUCCUCCUCCUUCUACUGUGGGCCCCAUUCCCACCACUAUGCCCCCUGUGCCACCUGUGCCAGCACAUGCGAUGGACACCAAACCAGUUUCAGCCAUCAAGCCCAGUACCGCUCCCGUUGCCCCUGUGGCCCAGGCAGAAGGAGGGGCUAAAGCAGCUAGGACAGAGAGCAGGGUGAAGAUGAACCGCAUGAGGCUGAGAAUUGCCCAGAGACUGAAGGAAGCCCAGAACACCUGUGCAAUGUUGACUACAUUCAAUGAGAUUGACAUGAGCAAUAUCUCAGAGAUGAGGAGGACUUAUAAAGAUGCCUUCCUGAAGAAGCACAAUAUCAAGCUGGGCUUCAUGUCGGCGUUUGUAAAAGCUGCAGCUUAUGCAUUGGCCGACCAACCUGCUGUCAAUGCCGUCAUUGAUGACACAACCAAAGAGAUUGUGUACAGGGACUAUGUCGACAUCAGUGUAGCUGUGGCCACGCCAAAGGGUCUCGUGGUUCCUGUAAUCCGAGGAGUAGAGGGAAUGAACUUCACUGACAUUGAGAAAGCCAUCAAUAUGUUGGGAGAAAAGGCCCGCAAGAAUGAGCUGGCUGUUGAGGACAUGGAUGGAGGGACCUUUACUAUCAGCAAUGGCGGAGUUUUUGGGUCCAUGUUCGGAACUCCUAUAAUCAACCCUCCGCAGUCUGCCAUUUUGGGAAUGCAUGGAAUAUUCGACAGGCCUGUUGCUGUUGGGGGCAAGGUGGAGAUCCGUCCCAUGAUGUACGUUGCCCUGACGUAUGACCACCGCCUGAUAGAUGGGAGAGAGGCUGUCACUUUCCUGCGCAAGAUCAAGUCUGUGGUGGAAGACCCAAGGGUCUUGCUGCUGGACAUGUGAUCAACCCUUUGCACCUCCAAGCUCCAUCAAACAAACUACCAUUCACAAACAGUGGCUGUCUCCUCCUGACGAUCUUUACUGUAACUGCUUCAUUAUUGUAUUGGUCAACUAGAAACAAAAGGGAUAUUCUAAAGAAAGUAAGGUGCGCACUGGACUUUAAUGGCUGGGAAAGACAGAAAGAUUGGUGCUAUUGUGGAAAAUGUCUGGGUUUGAGGUUUCAGUAGUACUGGGCUUCAUAGAUCAAAAUGGAUGUUAUAUCUCCUGCGCCAUUUGCCAUUUUCUAAAUGCAAUUGAAUAAUUUUUAAAAUAUUCUGAAGUGAAUGGCAUACUUAGUAAAAGUGCAUAUUAUUGUUUCAUUAUUUUUGGUGAGGGAAGAACAAUAAUUACAAGUCGAGCUACAAAGUAAAAAACAAAAAGAAAAACACUAUGUCCUAAGAUGUCUGAAGUAUUCCUCUGAACAUUGGCGUUAUCUUGUUCAAAAACAAACGAGAAUUAUUCUGUUCAUGCUGUAAGAAAGUGAUUAUUUAAGAAUGUUUUAAACAAUAAAACUUGAGCUGCACC